UAUCUGAAUUAAAAGACAACAGGUAGGGGACGCAGUGAAGGCAGAGGGAGGCAGGAGGGCCAAUAGCCUGGGACAAGGGAAUCGGUACAAUCUGGCCCGUGUUUGCCCAGGAUAAUGCGCCUUUCCAAAGCCCUCAUAGACAUGGAGAUGGCAGAUUACAGCGCAGCGCUAGACCCAGCAUACACCACCCUGGAGUUUGAGAACAUGCAGGUGCUGGCUAUGGGCAAUGCAGACACAUCUCCAUCAGAAGCAGCCAGCCUCAGCAGCUCCAGCAGCCUUGGGGUGAGCACGCUGUGUGCCAUCUGCGGGGACCGCGCCACCGGCAAGCACUACGGGGCUUCCAGCUGCGAUGGCUGCAAAGGCUUCUUCAGGAGGAGCGUCAGGAAGAACCACAUGUACUCCUGCAGGUUUAACAGGCAGUGUGUGGUAGACAAGGACAAAAGGAACCAGUGCCGGUACUGCAGGCUGAAGAAGUGCUUCCGAGCAGGAAUGAAGAAGGAAGCUGUACAGAAUGAACGAGACCGAAUCAGCACCCGCAGAUCAAGUUACGAGGACAGCAGCCUGCCCUCCAUCAAUGCCCUCCUGAAUGCAGAAGCCCUGGCACAGCAGAUAUCAUCCCCUGUUCCUGUGCUCAAUGGAGACAUCCGAGGGAAGAAGAUUGCCAAUAUUUCUGAUGUGUGUGAGUCCAUGAAGCAGCAGCUGCUGGUGCUGGUGGAGUGGGCCAAGUACAUCCCCCCCUUCUGUGAGCUGCCCCUGGAUGACCAGGUAGCACUGCUACGUGCACACGCAGGGGAGCAUCUGUUACUGGGAGCUGCCAAGAGGUCCAUGGUGUUCAAGGAUGUCUUGCUGCUAGGCAAUGAUCACAUCAUCCCACGGAACUGCCCCGAGCUGGUGGAGGUGAACCGUGUGGCCAUCCGCAUUCUGGACGAGCUGGUCCUGCCCUUCCAGGAGCUGCAGAUAGAUGACAACGAAUAUGCCUGCCUGAAAGCCAUCAUUUUCUUUGACCCAGAUGCCAAGGGGCUCAGUGACCCGUCCAAGAUCAAGCGGAUGCGGUACCAGGUGCAGGUGAGCCUGGAGGAUUACAUCAACGACCGGCAGUACGACUCGCGGGGCCGCUUCGGGGAGCUGCUGCUGCUGCUGCCCGUGCUGCAGAGCAUCACCUGGCAGAUGAUAGAGCAGAUCCAGUUUGUCAAGCUCUUUGGCAUGGCCAAGAUUGACAACCUGCUGCAGGAGAUGCUGCUGGGAGGCUCAUCAAGUGAAACACCGCACACCCACCACCACCUGCACCCUCACCUGAUCCAGGAGAACCUGGGAACAAACGUCAUUGUGGCCAACACAAUGCCUCCUCAGAUGCACAACGGGCAGAUGUCUACUCCAGAAACUCCACAGCCUUCUCCACCUGCGGGCUCAGGGUCAGAGCAGUACAAGCUGCUGCCUGGAGCCAUUGCAACCGUGGCCAAGCAGCCCACGUCCAUCCCACAGCCUGCCAUCACAAAACAGGAGGUCAUCUAGCAGCCCCCACCCAGCCAGCCUCCUUCAGAACACCGUGUGGGAGAAAAGCCCAAACUGACUCUGCCACUGUGAAAAGAGAAGCCAUCCAGAGGUCCCUGGGCACGGACACACGGACUUGCUUUUUGGACUGACCACCACCAGAAGGUGUCUUCCAGCAGCUACAGACAGCACGUGCCAUGGGCAGCCCCAGAGUCCCAGAACUAAGGCUGAAGCCUUGCCAAAAUCCUCAGUCCUUGUAAGGAGGGCCAGAUUCCUGCCUCCCUCUGUGGGGAGGUGGCAGUGACUGGCUGGGGACAGGCUGCUGCCCCAGUGCCACCUCAGCACUGGUUCAGCCACAGCAGACCCUGCGAACGAGAAUUC